AUGCCCAAUCUUCAAGGAAACAUGGACAGUAAACCGCUUGGUACAAGUGGAACGAAUAAAGACUGCAGCCUGCACCGAAGCUAUCGAAGGAAGACCGACUUAUCAGCAAAGAUGACGGAGUUUGCCAAGAAUUGCCUGGCCGUUCACAACGAGCUUCGCGCCAAGCACGGCGCCCCCGCCCUGAAGCUGAGCGACAAGCUGACGGAGCACGCUCAGAAGUGGGCGGACCACCUGGCGAAGAUCGGCAAGCUGGAGCACAGCGAGGGGAGCGGGUACGGGGAGAACGUCGCCAUGCAGUGGGGCGACGAUGUGCCAGCCCGGUCCUUCGUGCAGCAGUGGUACAGCGAGGUGGAGAGGUACGACUUCGGAGACAAGGGCGGCAACUACCAGCCCAGCGCAGGUCACUUCUCGCAGGUUGUGUGGAAGGGGAGUAAGGAGCUGGGUGUGGGCACGGCUAAGAGCGACAAGGGCAUGGCUGUGACGGUGUGUAACUACAGCCCGCCCGGCAACAUGCAGGGGGCCUUCGGCUCCAACGUGCAGUCCGAGAACUAGACGAAACAACUCCAGAAACGCCGCCAACAACUGCAGUAGUCUCCAUCAGACUCCUUGGGAUCUCUUACAUAGCAAGUAGCCUCCCUAACAGCCAUCGACUAGCGUUUCGACUAGCGUUAACAGUCUUCCACUGUAGUACAAAGGGAUCAAAUUUUCAACUACCAAUGUCGUCUUCCUCAGGACCAAUCACUUACGAACGUAAACUAGCGUCUCUCAAAGUUUGACAUUGCCACUUUUGUAAACGUAAGUUUAAGCUAGGCUAGCCUCCCGUCUGUUUUACAACAAAUUCUCUACUAUACAAUUACAUGCGGUACCCGUAACGGUAUUGUGUGUAUUUCUAGACAAAGUUGACUAUCCCACAGAGUCUGAUGGAGACUAACUUUGGUAGGCGCGGUAACUGUAACGCUAAAAUGCAAGGCUGAACGAAAGCACCGCAUCAAAAUGUACUCAAACUGUUUUACUGUCGCCUUACACGACAAAAAAUACCCCUUGUGUGAUGUGGGGUCACACUGGUAUUAUCUCCAAGCAGAACUGAAUCCGACUCUGUCUAGGUUUAUGCGUGUUUUUGCAACAUUUAGUCCGUUUGUCUUGUAAUGCAUUUAGUAGGUGGUUAAAAAGGUGGAGUUCUUAAAAAGCGUACAAAUGUUACAGAAACACCGCGACGUAGCUGGAUCGAUCCUUACACCUGCUUGGAGAUGAACACAAUUGCACAGUAGAACAGUUCUAUAAUAUAGUAUCAGCUACGUUAUUCAGUAACGCUUGUGCGCGUGCCAGCUUGCUAAAAUAGUAGCAACUUCUGAUAUCAUCAUCAUCAUCUUCUGAUAUAUUGAAUCUAGUAGUACUGACGAAGACAUAUUAUAUCUUGUCUUUUGAUAACAUAAUAUCGACAUCGACAGUAAUUGUGACAAACAAUGAAAACUUAACUUGUGCUUCACGCCGGAAUAGGUUCUAUGGUUUCAGAACCACAUGUUCCUCAUACAGUGGAACAGUAUAUACGUCGACCUUUGUACUAUCGGUAUGGCAAAACAGCAAUGAAAAACAACCUUAACUGCCAACUUUGGUCUUUUUAUCAAAUACAUGUGU